AUGAGUUGUCUCCAGCUGCUUUCGAUAAGCAUAUUGUGCCUUACAGCGACUGGUGCAUUCCACUUCGACAACAUCCAACUGGAUAGGAUUCAAAUAUCAGCGGGGAGACAACAGAGCCACGAACUACACAGCUUUUCCUACAGCAAAGGAGCCGAUAUUUGGCCACCUACCAAUGAAGAUGCAGUUCGACUUGCGGAUACGUUUCCCAAUGGCCAGAUCCCCUACUCCGCGGUCGUGAUGAUUGAACAGCAAGAUAUGACAGCGGCUCACCAAGCCGUCGAAGAAUCCAUCAAUGGCACCUUGGCACCAGUGACCACCACAUCGGGCAACUAUCGCCGCGGCCUGAAAAAGAAAUUGGUUCCCAGGAGCAUCCAGCGAAUCUUGAGACGAGCCGCUGCGAAAGAAGAAGUCGACUCUGAAGGCGAGAUCAUGGGUUUGGAUCGAACGCCGAUAGCUGUGGCAUUGGCGUUACUGAUCCGAGGUUUGGUUCGUCCCCUGGAUAUUGGACUUGUGGCUUGUUUCACCACGUACUUGAUCAUGCUGGGGAUGGUAGCCCGUUCCCCCCGACAGAAUGGCAUGGCUCCAAUGGUCCCAGCUAUUCCUCCCCAAGGACACGUUCCGUUCCUAGUUUCUAAUCCGAUGGGCAUGAGUUCUCUGCAUUCGCGAAAGUAUGACAUGUGGCUCAAAGUCGGGGUACUAGUUGGCUUGGUUGGCCCAGUAUUCUAUCUGUUGCGUUCGGCGAUAAGCGCUGAUUCGAUCAAUGCUAUGAUAAUCGCUGGUCCCUGUGCUCGGUCGACCUUCCUUCUAUGUGCACAGGCCAUUAGUGAGUCUGUGGCCCGGAGAGUAAUGGCACCGCUGCCCUUGAGAAUUCUGACGCCCAUUCUCUACAACACUGCACGAUUAGGUUUCGUGUGGCAUUGGAUGGCAACUUCCUUUGCCUCUUCCGCCAACCUAGCGAAUCGUUCUUUAGCUAUUGCUAAUGGCGUUUAUUGGUUUUCCAAUCUGUUCUUUUUUUUGCUCCCCGUGGCGACUAUGCGGUACAUGAGAGCUCACUUCCUUAGCGUGGAAGCCUCUGAAGUGAAAAUGAGGAUAGGUAUGGAAGAGUCGAUAGGACUGGUCCCAAAUCAACUGCAUCCAGGAGACUGA